AGUGCGUAUGCGCUUGUAGUCUACCUCUGAAAGGGAGCGGGCCGCAACCAAAACAAGACUAAGUCCUUUUCCCUACAUGAGGAGAAAACUCUGCUGAAGAGCUCAGAUAAACCAUCAGGACUGAAACCCAGCUGUAGCCGCCCUGCGAGCUGAAACAGGACCAUGUCCGUUGUUUUUGUCCCAAAGCGGCAGCGCGGGAAAGCUCAGAUCAACCAAGAAACCAUCCAGAGACUUCUGGACGAGAACGACCAGCUGGUGAGAUGUAUAACGGAGUACAUGCAAAAAGGCAGAGCGACGGAAUGCGUGCAAUACCAGCAGAUCCUUCACAGAAACAUUGUUUAUUUAGGAACGAUAGCUGAUGCCAGCCCUGAUUUGCCUGACGCCACAACGGCUCCUUGUGAAGAGGCAGCAACACCAAAUGGUACCGCAGAGAAUUCAGAACCACCGACUCAAAGCAGCUGACGAAUGUAUCCGCUUAAAGACUUCGUACUGUGUACAGCGUUUCAUAUCUAUUUAUUACUGUUAUGUUGAAUAAAAAAAAAAGUCCUACUUUUCCUCAGUGUGUUACUUGAGAACCAGGUGAACAGGUGAGAGGCCUUAAAAAGAGAGCAUCUGAACAUGUUUCUAUUAUAUUUAUUUAUUUUUUUUGCAUUGCUGGUACACUUGGAAAUAUUCAGUUGCCAGCUCUAGUGAACGAUAAGCAACAUAAGCCAAGCAAACCCCCUUCAUGUCGUCGAUCAGUGUGAUGUCUUCUGUCGUAUUAAUCCAAACUGUUUUUAAUAAUUCUUGAAAGCCACUAGUAAACCAUUUUUUUUGACACAGUUGAUAAAUGCUAAACUGAAUGUUUACAGUCCAAGGUCGUUGUUGUCGUCUUUUUUUUUGUUUUGUUUUUUUUUAAAAGGCUGCAAGUUUGGGCGAGAACACAGACAAAGCAAACAACCCCUACGUUUUGAUUGUGCAAAGCACAGAACUAUAAAAAGAUAUAUUUAUAUACAGCAAACGAUUCUCUGUAAACAUGGUAAGUAUGUUAGUUUUUCAGAAAACAUGGUCAUAUCAUAAAUACAGGCAACAUUGGCAUCCGCAAACAUCACAAAAAGUUAACAUUCUGGGCCGUUUCAAAGCAGCCCACAGCCAUAAACCGAAAAGGUACGGGCUCAAAAAAAACAAACAAAAACCCAAACACCCCAAUCUUAUAAACGUUUUUAGUGUUGGUAAUGGCGUAUUUGGUAACCUUUUGUAGAUAUAACACAUAUAUUUCAACUCUGUAGAAAAGAAAAAUGUGCUUUUCACAUCUUGGGAAAAAUAAUGUUUUACUUAAUAUGCCUAUAUUAUGUUAACAUAUACAGUAAAUGGUAUAACAUGUAAGAAAAUAGAAAAAUAAGAUUAAUACUGUCAAUAUUUGUACAAGAAAUAUAUUGUAUUUUAAAGGAACAAGAUGUUAUGUUUGUUUUUAGUGUUAGUGUCAUUCUGAAAAAAAAAUAGCCAAUCAAAAAACAAACAAAAACAAAAAAAAACAUGAAAACGUUGACUUUUUCCCCAGGGGGCAUUUCAUAGCAGGUUACUAGAACUCCCAGACUCCGUUUUCUUACAUCAAGCACCAUUCACCCUACGAACAACGCUUUGGUUGAAGGAAAAAAAAAAAAA